GGCUUUUUUUGCUGACUGGUUUUGUGGCAACAACAUAAUGCACAAUACACAACCACCGGCUCUGAGUAUCUCCACUGUGUUCGGUGUCUCUCUGCCAGCGAUGUCUGUUUGCUGAGAGCAUCGGACGUCAACGUUGGCAGAACUGAGGCCGAACGAACGGCACAUCCGUAAACAGAAACAACAGAACAAGACGAGAGCCAGUCAGUCAGCCAGCCAGGCAGCCAAGUCACUUCAGUAUGAAAUCUUCUUUUGGCAUGUUUGGGUCAUAACGGUUUGGAAAUAUAGGGUUACGUACGCGCGGAAUCUUAACGUAACGUGACGUAUACGUGUGCAGCCACUAUUGUUCUGCUCAACGUUUUCAAAUUGUUUUAUUUUUCGUGUGUGUGAGCGCGACGAUGAUUGAAGACAACAAAAAACGAUAGUUUUUUGCUUUGAUUUUUUUAGUUUUGUUUUGAAAUAAAGAAAAAAUAAAAACUUUGUUUUUGUUUUUUAACUUGAUUUUUGUGAAAAUUUCGUUAAACGAAAGUUGUUAUUUUUUGGAAAUAAAGAAAACCAAAAAACGAUAAUUACAAAAUUACCUACCAACAGUGAAACAAUUAUUCUGAAAAAAAAAAAAAAAAAAAAAUACAAUUUACACUGUGUGAAUAAUAUGAAAACACAAAGAAGAAUAUAAAUAGAAGAGAAAGAAAAAUAAAUAAAUACAAAUACUGUGAGAUUUCUGCAGACCAAGAAAUAAAAAAAAAAUAUUUAAAAAUAAAUAAAAUAAAAUUCUGCUAGUUUAAAAUCAUAUUUUGUGUUUAUUUAUAAUUUACAGAAAAGAAAUUAGUGGAAAAUUACAGACAAUUUUCUUCAGCUUAAGAAAAAUAAAAACAAAAAACACAAAAACAUUUAAAAACAUAUUUUUGUGAAUUAUUACCAAAGAAUCUAAAAACAAAAUAAAGAAGGGAAAAGUGCAGAAAAAUUAAGCACACAAGAAAAGCAACAAAAUAUAAAUAAAGACAUAUUUCUUGAACACACACACCCGCACAUAACCAAUGACGCUGAGAUAAUGUUGAGGACACCUACGCAUUUUGUUGAGAUCGGUACGAAUUCAACAAAAUCAAGCACACCGCUCAUACAAAAACUACAACAUCAUCAUCAUCACCAGCAGCAGCAGCAGCAUCAUCCAACGAUUACCGGUACCAAGUACCAGUAUCAUGAGCAAUAUUCAAAAAUUGUCGACAACAAUCAUCACCAGCAGCAGUCAGCCAGCAAAGUGGUGGAGUAUCAACAAACAACAAAGAAACUGAAAUCGUCUUCAAAAAGCGCCACAAAAUUAAAACAGAAAAAGAACAAAUCAUCAACAUCAUCGUCGACAUCGACCUCAACUUCCAUUUCGUCGUCGGGUACCAGUGACGAUUCCUCAUCAUCGAGCGUCGGUACUGCGGCCACAAUUUCUUCACCCACCCCCUCGUUGACGUUCAAAGAACAUUUUCUGAGCCGGGGUCUGUUAUCGGGUUCGCCUUUUUCUUUUAUGCGCUUGAGAAAGGCCAAAACUAUUGGCAAUACCAGUACACCAACGGCGGGCAAAAACCAUCCAGAGCUAAGAAAAUCAUCUAAGCGUUUUGUGGAUUUUGUUGAUUGCAGCAGCACCAACAACAACAACAGCAGCAGCAACAAGAGCAGUGGUAAAGACAAUAACAGUUAUUAUAAAAUUAGCAAAACGGGUGCUAGUUUAGCAACGACGGAAAAAGAAAACUGUGCUGCAGCGAGUAUAACGCCGUUAUUAGAUAAAACGGCAACUGGAGCACCAUCACCAGGCACAGGCACAGCCGCAGCAGCAGCCACAGCACCGCCAACUAAGUCAGGCAACAAUACACGCACAACAACGGGUUAUUUUGCCAAUAUUCUUAACAGUAGCAGUAAUAAUAGUAGUUCCAGCACUAAUACCAAAAACAUUUACAACAAUAACAACAACAACAACAACAACAAUUAUUUAAGUUCAUUAACCACCGAUAGAAAAAAGGAGCGGACAACAGCAACAGACUCAAACGACAAGUUGUCAACAACAACAACUGAUUACAACAGUGUUGCCAAUCAACCAGAACAUCCUAGCACCAUCUUGCCGUUUGUCUCCUUUUCCAAUACUGUUGUGGCACCGCCUACCCUAAUAGCCGUAGCCGUUGCCUCGCCGCCACCACCUCCAACACCCACACCAAAUUCAUCAAUAACCAUUACGACGACGACAACAACAACCAUGUCACCCACAACACAGACACCACCAGCCGCACGUACUUCACUCUUUGAUUCCUGUCAUCGGAAGAUACGCCUAAUUGGCGGUGGUCCAGUUGCAUUUUUGGGCGGUUUAGUUGCAAAAGCUCGUCGCAAAGAACGAGAUGGCGAUCAAAAUUCAACAGAUACCAAACUAUAUUUGGAGGAGAGUGUUUUAGAACGUAAAUUACCUGAAGCUGAUCUCAAAGCUCUAGUUGAUCUACCAGCUGGCUUAGAUUAUAAUGAAUGGCUUGCAUCACAUACACUGGCUCUAUUCGAGCAUGUGAAUUUGGUAUAUGGCACUAUCAGUGAAUUUUGUACCACAUCGGGUUGUCCCGAUAUGACGGGACCGGGCAAUAGAACGUACUUAUGGUUUGACGAAAAAGGUAAAAAGACACGCGUAGCGGCUCCACAAUAUAUCGAUUAUGUGAUGACGUUUACACAAAAAACGGUUAGCGAUGAAUCGAUAUUUCCUACCAAAUAUGCCAACGAAUUUCCCAGUUCGUUUGAAUCGAUUGCCCGUAAAAUUUUACGCUUGCAAUUUCAUGUGAUAGCACAUCUCUAUGCGGCCCAUUUCAGAGAAAUUGCGCUGCUGGGAUUGCAUACGCACCUUAAUUUAACAUUUGCCCAUUUGACCGCCCUGCACAGGCGUUUCAAUUUAAUCGAUGAAAAGGAGACGGACGUAUUGCGUGAUCUAGAAGUGGCUUUAAGAUUGACCGAUGACACAACCAGUAGCGCUGGUGGUGGCGAUGGUUCGUCGCAGAGUGAGUCGGGCGGCUCAAUUAUGUCGUCAUCGACCGCUGCAGGUGAUAGUGGGAAGCAGUGUGGGGAAGAUGUCAAUUCAGUGCAACACAAUAAUAUAGCAACGUCAGCAUCGCUGAUAGAUGGUGGCGGUCCGAUUUGCACCCAGCCAGAGGCUGGAACAAAGUCACAACAGUUUGGUGUGGGCGGCGGUGGAGGCCUUAUUGGCGGUAUUUUAGGUGAUUUAAGCAGUGGUGAAUUUGGUGAUACUAUGCAUUAUUGUACUUCGGCAGUUCCUGCUUCCUCCACUAACUGUUCGGUAACAAAUCCCCUGCAGAAUACGACACCUUCCUCCUGCAAUUCCAUGAAUGGCACCUGCAGUGCGGCAGACGGUGGCGGCGGCGGCGGAGGAGUUACGGCAAAUGGUAAUAAUGGCGCGGGCGCUUUUCACCAACACAACAAUAACAACCAUGUAACACAACACCAUCACCAUCAUCAUCCACAUCAUCAUCAUGCGGUGCACCAUCACCAUCAUCAUCCGAAUCAUUUUGCGCAAAAUACAGGCCUCAUACAGUGCAAUGCUAGUAAUGCUCCUACAGCAACGGCUGCAACUACGUCAACAACAACAGCAUAGCUGCUCUAGAUUAAUCCUCAACAACAACAAACAACAACCUUUUCCUACAACUGCAACAACAACUAUAAUUAUAAUAAUAAUAACAACAACAACAAAUGUACUAUCCUUACCCUAAGUUUUCUGUUUUGAAAUUAACACAACAACAACAAAGUAAAUAAAAUUUAAUUUAGUUUUAAACGAAUAAUGAAAAGUUGAAAAAUUCAAAUAAAAACAAAUUAAUGUUAAUAUAUUUAAAAAGUAAAACAAAACAACAAAUACAAUGUUUUAUUAGUUCGUAAUGCAACAAAACAAAAACCACAACAACAAAGUAAAUAAGUUUUUUCUUUAUUAUUUUUAUUUUUAAUUUAAAAAUUUUAUUUUUUAUUUCCAACAAAACCAAACCACAAGAAAAUACUUUCUUGGCAAAAAAAAAAAAAACAUCCACUGUAAAAAAAAGGAAAACAUAACACAAAAGAAGUUAAUCGUUUUAAUAAAUUUGAAAUCACUUUUAAAGCUCUCAAUAA